AUGACUACUGCAGAACCCGAUCAAGAGCUUUCAACUGACCAGGAGUAUGAUUUGUGGAAAUCUAACGUCCCUUUGAUGUACGACUUUGUCAGUGAGACCAAACUUAUAUGGCCAUCACUCACAAUACAAUGGCUGCCAGAUAAAGAAGCUAACUCUGCGCAACAGGAAUUGAUUGUGGGGACUCAUACAUCCGGAGAAGAGCAGAACUACUUGAAAAUAGCGACUGUGGAUUUACCUGAGGAAAUUUUUCAGAGUGGGUCUUCAAAUGACAGGAAAAUAGAAGAUAGUAGUAGCGCACAUGGCACUCUUAAUGGCAACGCUGAUGUGGAUGCUGAUGGCAAUGGUGGUGGUGAAAAUUCAUCGAAAUCGGUGAAAUCCAAGAUCAAAAUCACCCAGAAAUUCGAACAUAGAGAAGAGGUCACUAGGGCGCGAUAUGCACCUUUUGACAGUAAUCUGAUAGCUACCAUCAAUGGUUCAGGAACAGUUUUUCUCUAUGAUAGGUCCCAGGAUAAAGAAAAUGCAUUGAGAGGUGAGUUUUCGUUUCAUAAGGAGAAUGGAUACGGGCUCAAUUUUAGCGUUGCAUCGCCAGGCGAUUUACUUUCAUGCUCAGACGAUGGAACAGUGGCCCUUUGGGACAUCCGUUCCGCAAAGCGCACACCUAUCAAAGUGGAUGAAAAUCACACAGAUAUCGUGAACGAGGCGAAAUGGCAUGAAACAAAUCCAGAUUUGUUCGGAUCUGUCUCCGAAGACAAAACAUUGCUGCUUCACGAUAAACGUUCGGAUAAUCCUAUAGCCACAUUGAAGCAAAGCGAAGCGUUUAAUACUUUGGCCUUCAGCAAGCAUUCCGCUAACCUUUUUGCAGCGGCCGGAACAGACUCUUUAGUUUAUCUCUACGAUCUACGAAAGCCAUCGACACCUCUUCACAGCAUUUCAGGCCACCAAGAUGCUGUAACAAGUUUGGACUUCGCUUCUCAUAAGGAUGGUAUUUUAUGCUCAGCGGGCUCUGAUCGCAGGGUACUUGUGUGGGACCUAUUUCAAAUUGGUGCCGAGCAGCCCCAAGAAGAUGCUGCUGAUGGAGUGCCUGAACUACUAAUGAUGCAUGCGGGUCAUAAAAGCGCCAUCAAUGAUUUCUCGUGCAACACCAAAUUACCUUGGCUUAUGGCUAGCGUUGAGGAAGAUAAUACUGUACAAAUUUGGAAACCUUCCAGUAGUCUUACAGAUCCAUACGUUCCAAAGGAUUACGACAUACAUAGUCUUGAGUAG